AUGGAAACCGCAAUAAUGUAGCAAGAGUAAUUGUAUCCUAGAGUACAUAACAUUCAGCAAACUGCCAGUAAUCAUUCUGAAGAAGAAGAUUUAAGCACAAUCCCUUGCUUAAUAUCAGUGAAAAAGUCGCAUUCGACUCCUCAGAAUAGCUUGGCUGAUAAAAUUAAUCAAUUUUCUGAUCGCCAAUAGCAGUAGAAAGAAAAAGAAUUGCAAGAGAUAAAAGAAUAGGAGAAAGUAGAAACAUCAAAUGAAGAGCAAGUGAUCAAUAGAAACAAGCAAAACUCAGCUCAAUAAUAAAAGAAGAAAUAAGAAAAAGAUGUAGAAAUGAGAAAAAUUUCUACUGCAGCCUCUGAAGAAUUAAAAACUGAUUACCCUCAGCAACUUAGCAAAAGCAAUUCAAGUUCUUAAUGCAACUUGUUGGAUUACAAAAAUACUUUAAUUGACUCAAAUGACUAAAAGAGUGAUAUUAUGGCCAAACAAGAAAAUCAAACUAAUAUACAAAGACAGGAGGAAUCUAAAAAGUUAUAGACGCUAUAUCAAGAAUCAAGUGAGAAAAAUAAGCUAUUUGAAGAAAAAAUUAGAAAAAGCAUAAAAGAAUUUGCUUUGGAUAAAUACUCCCACUUUGUUUUAAUUCUUGUUUUAGAUAUAGGCUCUUCCGGUCAUAAGAGAAUAAUAAUUGAAAGUACAUUAAAAGAGAAAGAACUAUUCAGCCAUGAACAAUUUGGUCACAAGAUUUUAAACAAAUGCAUUGAAGUCUCUAAAAAAGAAUUCAUUGAUUAAUAUAAUGAAUUCAUCAAAUAUAUUUUAGACAACUAAUCAAAGACUUAUCAGACUCUUCAAAAUGAUAAAUUUGGUAAUUAUGUUAUUUAAAAAUGCUUAGAAAUUUUUGAUGAAGACCAUUUAUCACAGCUUCUGAUUCUUCUGAAUGCAACACUUCUAAUCAAACCUGAGCAAAAGCUUCCUAAUUUACCAAAAGAAAGUUAAUUAAAAGAUAGUGAUCUUUGCUCUGAUUAAUAUGGUUGCUUAAUAAUAUAAAAAUUAAUUGAAAUAUAUAAGACCAAGCCUGAUUCAAAAAUCAAAAAACAAGUGGGACAAAUGAUUGAAAAAGUGAUUAAUGAUUCACACCGCUUAGCAUAAAGAUAAUUUUCCAAUUAUGUUGUACAGCAAAUAAUUGAAAAAGGUGCUCCUGAACACAAGAAUAUGUUAUAUCAAAAUGUGAUUUCAAAACACUUCAUAAGCUUAGCUAUGGAUAAAUACGGAAGUAAUGUAGCUGAAAAAGCGAUAAAAUAUGCUGAGCCAGAUUAAAAAAAAUAAAUUUGGGGUCUGAUUUCUGCUAACAAUUUUAGUGCUUUACUUAACAUGGUAAAUGACCAGUAUGCGAAUUAUGUAGUCUAAAGAAUUUUUGAUUCAUGUUCUAACAAAGAAUAAAAAUAAAUACAUUAAUAGCUAAAUUUAUGGAGCAAAAAAAAUCUUUUAAAAGAAAAUGGUAAGCAUCCCUUCAAAUAUAUUGAUGACCUUCUAAGACAAAAUGAGUUUCAUAAUAAUUCUAACAACAGCUUUAGAAGUAAUCAAGGCAAGAUGGUAGCUUAGGGCAAUUUCUCUACUAAUAAUAACUAGCAUAGCUAUUAAAAUAGAAAUAAUUAAAAUAUGAUGCAUAAUAAUUAGAAAUAAUCUUAACACUUUAAUAAUUAAAAUAUGAAUAUGGAAUACAACUAAACAAUGAAGCAAACCAACUAUGGUUUAGUAAAUAAAAAUAAUUUUAAUUAAAAAAAUCAAAAUUAACAUCAAAAUGUUAAUUAACCGAAUUUCAACUAAAAGCACAGAUAAAAUAACAUCAACAACAGUAGUAACAACUAGAUGACCUCUUAAAUGAAAAAUCCUCAAAUUUAAAACAACUAAAAUUAAGAGUCACCUUCAUCUAACAAGCAAGUUUAGAAGUAUGAUUAAAAUAAUUUCAAUAAAACUAGCAAUAGAAAAUAAUCAAUUCAUAACAACUAACAACAAUUUUAAAAUGUAAAUAAUAACAAUUUCAGCUAUAACAAAAACUAAAAUGUUGAACCUAACUAAAGCUAAGGAUAAUAAAAUAAUAAUUAUGAUGUGUAGAUUAAAAAUGGAAAUACAAAUAACAAUAACUAUAGCAGCUAUAAUAAUCAAUACUCUUCCCAUGGAAAAAGAAAUCAAUAAGGAAAUUAUAACUCUUAAUAAACUAACAGCAACAGACCUUAUAGGAGAUAAAACAACCAUAGAGGAAAUUAUAAUUAUCACAAUCCAAUUUAUUACCAAAGCUAUCCUUAACAAUACUUUAUGUAAUAACCAUAUUUUGGAUUUACUCCCUACAUUUAUGUCAAUUAGCCUUCUGAAUUUACUGACCCAUAACUUUUAAACUAUUUCGAUCCUAAUAAUUUAAUGAACCCUCCUUAUUUUGAUUUUUUAUAAGGUGCUCAUAUAAAGGUCUAACAAAAUAAAAACAACUAAAAUGACAACAACAAGCAGGAAUAGCAAUCAGAAAUUACAACUUAACCAAAUUCUCUUAAUUCUCCGCAAACAAACAUUGAUAAAAAGUAAGAUGAAAAUUAAGAAAAUCAAACAAAUUAAUAGGACGGCAGCGAACCAAGCAAAUGA